GGCGUCCGCGCCGGCGCCGGCGCCGAUGGGCGGGCGUCCCCCGGAGUCCGAGGCGGCGGCGUCCAGAACCCGGAGCCGCAGCCCAGCCCGAGCCGAGUGGGUGGCGGCGCCAUGGCGUGCGCGGGGCUGCUCACCGUGUGCCUGAUCCGGCCGCCCGCGCCCGAGCCUCGGCGGUCCCCCGCGCCCGCGCCUGCCUCUGGGCCCGCCGGACACGCGCUCUUCCAGGACGUUUUCCGCAGAGCAGACAAGAAUGAUGAUGGUAAGCUCUCAUUUGAGGAGUUCCAGAAUUACUUUGCUGAUGGGGUUCUCAGCCCUGGGGAGCUGCGGGAACUGUUCAGCGGCAUUGAUGGGCCCUCCACUGACAAUUUGGAAACGGAGAAACUAUGUGACUAUUUCUCAGAACACCUGGGUGUCUACCGGCCUGUGCUGGCCGCACUGGAGUCACUGAACUGUGCCGUGCUCACUGCCAUGGACACCACCAAGCUGGAAUAUGAGCGGGCCUCCAAGGUGGACCAGUUUGUGACCCGCUUCCUACUGCGGGAGACGGUGAGCCAGCUACAAGCCCUGCAGAGUUCGCUGGAAGGGGCGUCAGAUACCCUGGAGGCCCAGGCCCGUGGCCCACGGUCAGAUGAAGACAGCGUGGAGGUACAGAGCAGGCCCCAUGGCUGCCGGAGGGCAGGGCGCAGGGCCCCGCGGAGCGUCAGUCGGUCACCCACCUGGUCUCCUGGCUCCUCGGACACAGGGCAGAGCUCAGAAGCUGAGAUGCAGUGGCGGCUCCAGGUCAACCGUCUCCAGGAGCUCAUUGACCAGCUUGAGUGUAAGGCCCCCCGGCUGGAACCCCUGCAUGAAGAGGAGCUUACCAAGGGGCCUGGCUCGCACAUCCUCGUGGCCCAGAGGCAGGUGCACGUGGCAGAGGAAGCCCUGCAGGAUUUCCACCGUGCCCUGUGCUGCUAUGUGGACUUCACAGGGGCCCAGAGCCGUUGCCUGCAUGUGUCUGCCCAGAAGAUGCUGGACAAUGCCUCUUUCACCCUAUAUGAGUUCUGGCAGGAUGAGGCCUCCUGGAGAAGGCACCAGCAGUCCGCCUGCAGUAAGGCCUUCCAGCGCAUCCUCAUUGACCACCUGCGAGCUCCAGACACCCUCACCACUGUGUUCUUCCCAGCCUCCUGGUGGAUUAUGAAUAAUAACUGAGCCUGACCUGCAUAAGCCAAGGCCCUGGGGCCCUACCUGCCUCCUUCUGGAGCUUCUCGACUGGUCGACUCAGCACCAAGACCAAGGAUGCUGCCACUCUUAGAACUGGGGCCGGGCUCUCAAAGGUCCCCCUGCCCCAGACCCAGCUGGUGGAGAGUCUCUCAGCCCAGGGAUCAGGGACUGGGCUGCUCGCUUUCUAUUUAUUUAUCAGUGUAUUUUAUUCUUUGUAGCUUUGGCCUCUGAGGCAUUCUGGCCUCUGCCUGGCUCAGGAAGCUUGGAUUUGGUCACCUCUGUCCCAGCCUUGUGUGACACAGAGGAAGGAGGUCGCUUCCCUCUCUGGGUGGGCCUCGGGCUGUCUGGCUGCCUAGUGGGUACCCUGCUUUCUUCCUGCUGUCUUGGGGCCAGGCUUCUGCUCUUCCUCAGCCAGCAGCAGAACCAGGGCUGAUGCUCAGGGACACCACCCCCACCCCCCCCACCACCAAACCUCGACCCCUGAGGCUGGGCCGGAUCCGUCUGCAUUGUGGGGUAAGGACCUGGGUGUCCCCAUCACCCUCCUGGGUUAGCAGGCUUCCAACUCUUCCAGCACCCUUGGCUGCACCAGAGACCUCGGCAAGAUCCUGGGUUGGUUUGCAUGUCAUUUGCAUAUAUUUUGCAUGUUCAUGCCUACCCACACUCAGGGCACUAUGGGAAGUCCCAAGGUGACCUUGCCAAGUAGCAAUAAUUUGGGCCCAGUGUCACCUGCUCCCCCCAGAUACCUCCAAACCCCAACCCCCAGCCCAAGACCCCAGCACAGAGGCAAUAAAGGCAGUGGUCACCUCUGG